CGUAUGAGAGUGUUCGCAGGGGUUGCUGGGUAAUUGAGAGGGCCACAAGCAAAGAUGGCGGCCUACAAUUCAUAUGUGAUAUGGCUUAUUAUGGCCGCUGUUGUCGGCGUUAUGCUGGCUAUAGCGACUUUUAUUGCCAAAAAGAAGGAGAAAACGAAACCUAGCAAACCUCGAGGCACGGCCCCUAUACAAGACGAUGCUGCUCCUGUCAGAAGAAGAAAUCGAAACGCCCGCAAUAGGAUGCAAGCCGGGCAGCGUUUACAAGCAAAUGAUGAUGACAGUGACAAUGAUUUCCAUGAUGAUGAUGAACCAUUCUCAUUGGGACUGGAAGAUCAGAUGCCUGGAGCAAAAAUUGGAGCAAAAAAGAUGAAGAGAAUGGAAAUGAAGGCUGAAAAAAGAGCCAUGCGAGAGCAAAUGGAGGCUGAAAGGCAAGACAGAAAGGAACGAGAAGCCAUGAGAGAAGAACAGCGGAAGAGAGAGGAUGAAAGACGGAAAAGAGAAGAGGAAAGACUUGAAGCAGAAGAGAAAGCAAGAAAGGAAGAAGAAGAAAGGAAAGCAUAUGAAGAGUAUUUAGCCAUGAGGAAUGCUUUCUCAGUGGAGGAGGAAGGCGUGGGAGAGACAGAGGAAGAGAACCAAGCCCUGCUACAGGACUUCAUUGAUUAUAUCAAGAAUAACAAAGUUGUGAUGCUUGAAGAUUUGGCAUGCCAUUUUGGUUUGAGAACACAGGAUGCCAUAGAAAGACUUAACUCCCUUCAGGAGCUUGAGAGGAUCACAGGUGUUAUUGAUGACAGAGGCAAGUUUAUCUACAUCUCUCCUGACGAGCUUGAGGCUGUAGCCAAAUUUAUCAAGCAAAGAGGGCGUGUUACGAUAACUGAUCUUGCUGAGUCUAGUAACAAACUUAUAAACCUAAAGACAUCUAGCACAGAGGUUCAGGCAUCGGCCUAGCCAGAUUUAUAUAUAUAUAUACCAGUGGCGUGGUCAAGAAUGUUUUCUUGUUAUAGGGUUUUGGGAAGUAUUCUUGCCAGAGUAAUUCUACUAAAAAAUCACCUCAGGGUGUUUGCUUACAUACAAUAGUUAACUGUAUUUAUUCUAGUUGUUACCCUGUUUCCUCGAGCUUGACCAAGCCCCUGUUUUGAAUCUUGUGCUUUGAAGAAAAUGUAAACCCAAGUUGAGGUAGAAAGCCAUCGCAUGCUUCAACAACUUUAAUUGUAACAUUAAAAAUUGAUUAUAAAUGCUAUAGUAAAUCCAUAACUGAAAUAAAACGUCAAAAUUUACUCUU